CCCCAUCCCGACACGAUCUCCAGUCGCAUACAUACCAGAAUUCCUGCACAAUGGGUAACGGAGCCAAGGCCAACCAGAAGCGCGAGCGCAACAAUGCCGACAAGAGCAAGGCUGCCAAGUCGCAGAUCAAGACCAAUGAGAAGGCCAUGAACAUUCAGUGCAAGGUCUGCUUGCAGACUUUCCUGCAGACCACCAAGGCCCCUGCUCUGCUUGAGCAUGCCUCAAACAAGCACAAGAAGGGUCUUGCUGACUGCUUCCCUGGUGUGAGCGCAUAGACUUGCUGCUUACUGCCCGUGGGAUGAAGGCGAGGUGGGAGGAUGGAUCCGUGCUAAAUACAUCACUUUGCAUUCAAACGGGCAGUGAUAGAACCUGAAUUGUACUGCUUACUGGCGCUUUUGAUUCCCAACCCAUACAUGAUAGAUUUAGAAUGGAACAUAUUUUAUUUGAG